GUGUUCUGAAAUCAGCAUAGUAGACGUAGCGCAUUGGCUCACUCAGGGAUAUUGUGGAUAUUAUACUACUCCGUGGAGCAUCCGUUUGGGGAGCAUGACAACCGGAGCCAUUCGGGACGCAGCGGAUCGGGAGAAGCCCGCUCUCAGUCAAGCAGAACUGAUGAAGAGGAGGAACAGGAUGGCGAUAUGGCUGGUACUGGGCAUGCUCUGUCUGUCCCUGGUCCUGGUCAUUCUGGGGAUCUACACCACCACUCGCACAGAGAGCCUCAGCAUCACCGGAUACACCUCUGGAGUCAUUUUGGCGUUUGGAUCCUUCCUGGGUGUUCUUGGACUCUGCCUGGAGGAAAACCGAAAACAGCUGCUUGUGGCGGCCAUUAUUUUCCUCAGCUUCGGGAUCAUUGCCUCCUUCCUGUGUCUGGUGGUGGAUGGCGUCUUCAUCGUUUUCAACAUGGAUGUCCGUCCUCUGAAAGCAGGGAGAUGCCAGUUUUACACAAGUGGAAACAGCUACAUCUAUGAGAAUUACUAUGCCUCUGUGCCGUGCCAGGGUCUCACGGAGUCAUGUACUAUGAAGGUACGCAGUGGGACCUGCUACUGCUGUGACCUUUAUGACUGUGCCAAUGGGGGCUACAUGAACAACUACUAUGAGUUUGUGGGUGUGCGGAGCUGCGGAGACGUGCUGUCCCUGUACGUGUUGAUCUGGGUGCUGACCAGCCUCAACCUGGUGGCCUUCUUCCUGGGUAUCCUGACCACCGCUGUGCUGGGAAGCAUCAAGGACCAGAGGAGCAGCUCAGUGACCCUGUUGUCAUCUCAUCUCUCAGAGGGUGGAUGUCUUUCCUCCCCCACUGCCCCCCUGCUGAUGGACAACACCAACAAAGGACACCAACACCUCUACCCGAGAGCCUCCUUAUACUUUGCCCCAGCGGCGGGGAAGGAGUUCCCCCAGAGUGAUCCAUCAGUACCCCUCCGUCCGGACCCCAACCCCCCUCCCUUCGCCCCGCUCUAUAACCUGCUGCCCUACAAACCACAGAGCUUUUCUGUCUGAAUGAACCUUCCUAUUCCAGCGUUCCGUUGCCAACUUGUCACAUGACAGUCACAAGUCAUCCAGGGGGAUCCGUAUUUUGGAGUUUAAUUUAGAAUAGUUGUUGGGUAUGGUGUAAAAUGUCUGUAUAUGAAAUGUAAAUAUGUUGAGCUAUUUCAAAUUAUUUGUCAAUUUUUCUGGUCUUAUGAUGUGCAUUCUACAAACGAGUGAAAAGGCUAAUUAUUUAAGACCUUUUGUGAAAUGUAUGGUUUGACAAAAUAAAUGUACUUUUUAUACUACAUCUUAAACUCAACUGUAUCUGCUAAUAAAGUAAU